AUGGAUCCAAAAACUAAUGCAAAACAUGGAUCAUCAUCGUAUAUUAUGACAACAACACCAUUACCUUAUGGUAAUUCUAAUAUAAACUCUCCUAAGAAUUUUCCUUCAUUAUCAACAAAUAUUUCUUCGCAGAAUAAUAGUAAGAUAGCAUAUGUAACAAAAACAACGUCUGUUCAAAGAGCUACAGGAACAUCAUAUAAUAUGAUUACAAAAAAAAAUACUUAUAUAAGAGGAGGUCCUGAUGAAGGACCUACAGUUAAAGAACAUCUCCAAAAACAAAAUCGUUUAAAUAAACAAAAAAUGCAAGCAGAGAUAAAUAGUGGUAAUCAUAGCAAUGCGUCUGAACAAAUGGUGAUAUAUAACUAUGAUAAUCAUUCAUUAAUUCAACAGCCACAUCCCAAUGUUGUUAUACAAAGAGGUUUAAGAACACAAAAAAUGUCUAUUACUACUACAAAAGCAACCUACAUACAACAAAGUCAUCCUUCGACAUAUACUAUUACUUCUCAGGGAAGGUCUCCACUUAAAAGACCUAACACAUCAAUAUCAACAGGAGAUAAUGUAAAUACACCACAAACUUCAUCUUCAUCUACAAUUUCUAAUUCCUCAACAAAUAGAAUGCAAAAUAAAAUACGAAAACCUUCACCACAGAAAAUUAUUCAAACUUUUGUAUCUAAUAAUCCUGGUAGUUAUGUUGAACCAUUAUCAUCUGGUCAAAUAUAUCAUCAAUCUAGUAACAUAAAUAACUAUACCCAAGAUAAUGUUAAUUCACAACAUUUACGAGUGCCUAUAUCUGCUCCAAUAUCUACUGCUACACAUAAUAUUAUAACAUCUAAACCUGCUCCACCACCUAAAACUACACAAAGGUUGACAUCUGCUCAAUUAAAACAAAAACAAGAAGAAGAAAAGUAUCAAAGAAAAUUAAAAUUGUUAAAAAAGACUAUUAAAAGUUUGGUAUUUAAAAAUACAGCUUUGUGCGAUGAAGUGUCUCGAUUGAAUUAUCGUAUUGAUACAGUAAACGAUGAAAGAAAAGUUUUGGCAAAAAAACUUCAACAACAUGAACGAAAUCGAAUAAGAAGGAUUCAAACAGUAAUUAAAAAAGAAGAAGCAGCAAUUGUAAAUCAAUCAUUUGUUCCAUCGUUUUCAAAUCAUGGAGCUAGUAGUAGCAUAGGAUAUCAUAAUAUGGUAAACAAUUCUAUUUCUAUUAAAAACAUUCCCUCUUCUUCUAUUAGUAACAUUAACAGUAAUAAUAAGCAAGUUUUACUACAUGAUGAUAUUGGUAUUUCUAAUUAUCAUACUGACAAUUGUAUCAUGAUUGAUAACCAAAAUGGUCCAUCUUCUGCAAAUAUUUAUCAUCAUCGUUUAAAUAACAGCGGAAACAGUAGUGGACCUGGAGAUAGAGGUUCUAUAUAUUUUGAUGAUGCUACAUUGCCAAUUAAAAUUGAAUCUCAAGAAGUAUAA